AUGAUGGGUCUCUCCUCGGUCCUCACGACCACCCUCCUGGCCUUGCGCCUCUUCUCUCUGGACGCGCUCGCGGCUCCUACGCCCGAUCCCGUGCCCCAGGCCGCCACCCCCGGUGCGGCCGCCGGCUUCUGGGUCUCGACGAUCGAGCGCCGCGGCACCUCUGCAUUUGGUGAUGCCAACUACAAGAUCUACCGCAACGUCAAGGACUACGGUGCCAAGGGCGAUGGCUCCAGCGACGACACCGUUGCUAUCCAGGCCGCGAUGGACGACGGAAACCGCUGCGGCUUCGGCUGUGACUCCCAGACCACGACGCCUGCUCUCGUCUACUUCCCGACCGGCACCUACGUCGUCAGCAAGCCCAUCGUGAUGAAGUACUACACUCACAUGGUCGGAGAUGCCACCGCCCUGCCUACCAUCAAGGCGGCUGCGAGCUUCACCGGCAUGGCCGUGAUCGAUGCCAACCCGUACGACAACCAGGGCAACAACGCUCACACAAACCAGAACAACUUUUGGAAGCUCGUUCGCAACUUCAACAUCGACUUGACUGGCAUGCCCUUCACCUCCGGUGCCGGCAUUCAUUGGCAGGUCGCCCAGGCCACCAGCCUGCAGAACAUCGUCUUCAACAUGCGCACCGACGGAGGCGAAGCCAACGUCCAGCAGGGUAUCUUCAUCGACAACGGGUCUGGCGGCUUCAUGACCGACCUGACGUUCAACGGCGGCAAGUAUGGUGCUUUCAUGGGAUCGCAGCAGUUCACCACGCGUAACCUGACCUUCAACAACUGCAAGACGGCCGUCUACAUGAACUGGAACUGGCUCUGGACCUUCCAGGACGUCAAGAUCAACAACUGCGGCGUCGGUAUCGACAUGUCCAACGGCGGUGGCGCCUCGCAGACGGUCGGCUCCGUCCUGCUCCUCGACAGCGUCAUCAGCAACACGCCCGUCGGCAUCCUGACCGCCUACAGCCCGGCAUCGUCCGCGACCAACGGCAGUCUGAUCCUCGACAACGUCGACAUGUCGGCCAACGUUCCCGCCGCCGUCCAGAUGCUCGACACCAAGGCCACCAUCCUCCCCGGCAACCAAAAGAUCGCAUCUUUCAUCCAGGGCAAGACAUACACGGGCGCCGCCGCCGGCAGCGGCAAGGCUGUCCAGGCCGCCCAGGACGCCGUCGUCAAGCCCGCCGUCCUCCUCGCCUCGGACGGCAAGGUUGUCACGCGCAGCAAGCCGCAGUACGAGAAGGUGCCGGCCAGCUCGUUCCUCAGCGCCAAGGCCAACGGCUGCAAGGGCGACGGGAAGAGCGACGACACGGCGGCCAUCCAGGCGCUGUUCAACAAGGCCGGCCCCAACGACAUUGUUUACUUUGACCACGGCGCGUACAUCAUCUCGGACACGGUCGAAGUGCCCAAGGACAUCAAGAUCACGGGCGAGGUCUGGCCUCUGCUGAUGGCCAACGGCGCGGCCUUCAAGGACCAGGCCAACCCCAAGGUCGUCUUCCGUGUCGGCAAGCCUGGCGACGUCGGUACGUUCGAGAUGAGCGACCUCAUCAUCCAGACCCAGGGACCCCAGGCCGGCGCCAUCCUCAUGGAGUACAACAUCGCCGGGUCCACGCCCGGUGCGGCCGGCCUCUGGGACGUCCACUUCCGCAUCGGAGGCAGCGCCGGCACCCAGCUCCAGUCGGACAAGUGCGCCAAGAACCCCAACGUGACGGCGCCCGCCAACCCCGAGUGCAUCGGCGCCUACAUGCUCACCCACAUGACGGCCGAGUCGUCGGGCUACUUCGAGAACACGUGGUGGUGGGUGGCCGACCACGAGCUCGACCUGCCGGACCGCAAGGCCCAGAUUAACAUUUACAACGGCCGCGGCGUGCUCUGCGAGGCGACCAAGGGCACCUGGUUCUGGGGCACGGCGUCGGAGCACAACGUGCUGUACAACUACCAGUUCAACAAGGCCUCCAACGUCUACAUGGCGCACAUCCAGACCGAGACGGCCUACUUCCAGGGCAACCCGGACGCCAAGACGCCCUUCACCGUCAACCAGGCCAUCCUCGACCCCAACUUCGACACCUUCUGCGCGGGGCAGGGCAACAGGUGCGCGCGCACGUGGGGCGUCCGCGCCAUCGACUCCAAGGACAUUCUCAUCUACGGCGCCGGCCUGUACUCCUUCUUCGACAACUACGACCAGGUGUGCGUCGGCCAGAACAACUGCCAGGACCACAUGGUGUCGCUCGAGAACAGCGACGUCAAGUUCUUCGGCCUAAGCACGAAGGCGGCCGUCAACAUGGUGACGGUCAACGGCAAGAGCGCGGCGCUCGACAGCGCCGUCCCUCUAGGAGAGCUCCUGCGCCUACUACGAAGCGGAGGGGCCUUGGGUCCCCGGCCCAUUCCCGGUCCACGAGCCGUCCUAGGAGAGGCCCCGGUACGGUACCUCGCCGCUCCCGAGCAUGCCGGCGCUGUCUCCCCUGGAUUCGUGGCUGGCGAGGACGGCGUACGAGGACGGCUACGAUUACGCCCAGAAGCUGAUGAUCGCGAGCCGCCGCCAUGCUAUUCUCGGAUAGGCGUGGCCAUCAUCCGCCACCCCUCCCACCUCCGUGGUCCGUGUGUCGCCACUGGUUCUCUUCUUGACUGUGAUGUUCUGCCGCGAUGUGUCCUUUCUCAUAUUCCGUACGUACCCUUCCAGGCUGAUUCCUCACGUAUCGGCAACGUCAUACUCUCUGCCCUGUCGAUUUCUUCCAAGCUCCGGCCUUCGUCCACCCAUCCCGCCGCCAAUUUAAACAUUGUCGUCGCUUGCGAUCCUCUUCCUUCGUGGCCCUCCUUUGCCCUUGAUGCGAUAACACACACUUUGCGCCCUCCAAAACGACUUACGAUGGACACACCACCAGCACCCAGCAUGCGGUCCAAGACUAGGCGCGCACUCGACGAACUCAACGGCGCCACGACUUCGCCCCCCUCGUCGUCCCCCAGGACGACGCGAAACAGCCCCUACUUGCCCACGCCCACCGAGACGAUAGUGCUGGCCUCCUUCCCGGUCAUACUCUUCUUCGGUACCGUCUUCUCGCUGCUCUCUCCCGACGUCCGCGCGUCGCACUACGACGCCGCGGCGCAGGCGCACUCCCAGUCCACGGCGCCGUCGUACUUUGCGCGCAAGUCGAACCUGUUCAACAUCGUCUUCGUCAAGCGCGGCUGGUUCUGGAUCACGGCCGCCUUCUUCGCCUUCGUCCUCACCCACCCGGCGACCAAGAAUAUUACGACGCGCGUGCAGGCCACGCUUCGCUGGGCGCUUGUCACGACGUGGUGGUUCUUCGUCACGCAGUGGUUCUUCGGCCCGGCCAUCAUCGACCGCGGUUUCCGCUGGACCGGAGGAAAGUGCGAGCUCGUCGAGGAGAAGGUUGAGAUGGGCGAGGGAGACGCCAAGGAGGUAUUCACUGCGGUCGCGUGCAAAGCCUCUGGCGGGCGCUGGAGCGGCGGGCACGACAUCUCGGGGCACGUGUUCCUCCUGGUAUUGGGCACCGGCUUCCUCUUAUCCGAGGUCGGAUGGGUGGUGAUGCGCUGGAGGGGGUCGAGCAGAGAAGAGCGCAGCGUCGUCAUGACGGACGGCGCCAUCAAGACGGCCACCGUCGAGUCGCAGGGCCUGCGAGGAGAGCCCGUCCCCGGCGACGCUCUGGGCUUGGGCGGCAAGUUUGCGGCUGCUAUCAUUGGCUUGAGCUCUUGGAUGCUGCUUAUGACGGCCAUCUACUUCCAUACCUGGUUUGAAAAGGUCACCGGUCUUGUUACUGCCUUCGUCGCGCUUCGCAUUGUCCCCACCAGCAACCAUUCAGACCUUGUGCUGCACGAAGACAUGUCGCCUAUCAAGGCCCCAGCAAACCUGCCGGAGCUCGUCAAAGCAGCAUUCGCCAAGGCUCGCUCUAACGGCGACCUGACCUACUAUGCGACCCAGGCCACCGUCCUCGACGCGAAUUCAAUCCCUUUCCAGCUGAGAUUCUCCCCCGCCCUAGCAAACAAGCCGGCCGCACCGAGACCGAAGCCCGACGAGCCACACAAACCCUUCGACCCGUUCGAGAGCCCCGAGAAGGGCCCGCUGUUCAUUGCCGACCUGCCCGAGUCGAGCCACAACCUGGUCCUGAACAAGUUCGCGGUAGUCCCCGAACACUUCAUCUUGGCUACCAAGGCCUUCAAGCAGCAGAACCAUCUUCUCGAACCCGAUGACUUGGCGGCAACGUAUGCCUGCAUUGAGGCGUACAGGCGGUACCACGGGGACGGCGAGCUCUACGCUUUCUUCAAUAGCGGCCCGCACUCGGGGGCGAGCCAACCACACCGUCACAUCCAGCUGUUGCCAGUCGCGCGGAUGAAGGAUGGGCUGCAGGAUGACUCGCGGUGGGAUGUGCUGGCGAAGCAGCUUGGCUCGUUCGACGUCCCCGGGCUGCCAUUUGCGACCUUUGCAGACAGGAUCCACCGUGACAUGACGCCCGAGGAGCUGCAUGCCAUCUAUCUGUCGCUUUUCAAGUCGGCCGUCGAGGCGGUCGAGGCCCACAUCGGCGCGGUGGACGACCCCGGCAACGACGACGCCUCCAUCAGUUACAAUCUUGCCAUGACCAGUGACCGUUUGGUCGUCCUGCCUCGAUUGGCCGAGGGGGCAGCUAUCUGUCAGGACGGAACGCCGGUGGGCAAGCUCAGCCUCAACGGGACGGUCCUGGCGGGAACGGCGCUGGUCAAGAACGAAAUCGAAUGGAACGCGCUGAAGGCAGAAGCCAAUGGCACCAUCCAAUUGCUGCAGGUGUUGUCCAAGAUUGGCGUCCCCGCGGAUGCGUAUCACAGUAGAAAGCUUUGA